AUAUUAUCGUGUGAAUAAAUAGCCGGUUCCAAACGCUCGACAAUCAUUUUACUUGCUGUCGUUUCCCUUGUCGCGUAAAAGAAACAUUAUCAUGAAAACUUCGGCGUGCGUAUACAUCAUCGUCGCGUUUUGCGUCGCGUUGUCUCUGCAGGCGACACCGCACAACCCGUGCGACAAAGGUCCUUUGCCCGUCGAAUUGAGGGUGGACGGUUGCAACAGUUUACCGUGCAAUUUGUACAGAGGAACUAACUUGACGGCGCAAUGGGAUUUUGUUGCUGACAGCGACUCAACGAAGUUGACAACCCGCGUGAAAGUUACGAUUUUUGGAAUUACGGUCGAAUAUCCGUAUCCCCAGCCGGACGCGUGCAAAUCCUUGUCCAGCGGUAAAUGCCCGUUGAAGAAAGGCGACAAGGCGACGUACACUCUGGUCAUGCCGAUAGAGAAGUCAUAUCCACAUCUAACCCUGAACAUCGAAUUCCGUUUAGAUAACGAGCAAAGUGAACCACAGGUGUGCUUCAAGUUGGACGGCAAGGUGACCACCAAAUAUUCUCCCUUACCAACGUUUUUGUGAUUUUAAUACGUGUAUAUCUGCAUAACGAGUGAUUCGAGCUACUAUAAAAUUCUUUCACAACUGUUGCUGUCGAAUUCUUUAAUAUUCUAGAAUUUUAUCUUACAUAUUUCUAACAAACUAUCGAAUGUAAAUCGAGAAGUAAAUCUGUGACAUGUACGUAUACGCAAAUAAACAUAUUGUAUUUCGUUAAAAAAUAAACAAAAAUAAAAUUUAUAUAAAAUAUCUAA